AUCUCCAUUCUCCACCACCUAUAAAUAGGCAACUCCUCCACAUAAACCAAAAUACAGCAAACAAGACUUCAUACAUACAUAUAUCUACACUACUCAGUUUCCUCAUCAAACAUGUCUGACAAGUGCGGAAGCUGCGACUGCUCUGACAAAUCCCAGUGCACGAAGCAGGGGUACGCAGCCGAUAUCGUUGAGACCGAGAAGAGCUACGCCAUGGCAAUGGAUGGCGCUGAGCACGACGGGUGCAAGUGCGGCAGCAGCUGCAGCUGCACCGACUGCAAAUGCGGCCAGUGAGAGCUAGCAUGACCUAAUAUUGGGUUGGGAACACUAGAUUUUCUUACCUUAUUAUGUAAUCCUCUAUCUAUAGCAGUAAAUAAGUUUGUCUGUGUUCCUUUGUAUCCUUACUCAAUCAAUUAAAUUAAACUAUUCUAUCUA